AUGGCCAAUCGAGCAGCCUGGCUCAAAGAGGCCAAACAGAAACCGUUCGCCAUCGGAGAUGCGCCCAUGCCUACACCCGAACCUCACGAAGUCGUCAUUCGCCUGAAAGCGGUGGCAAUCAAUCCUGUGGAUGCCUAUGUGCAGCAGCUGGGGAUCAUCGUCCAGGACUAUCCGACCAUCAUCGGCUCAGAUGGUGCGGGGGAGAUAGCAGCGGUGGGAUCGGAUGUCAAGCAUCUCAGCGUCGGCGAUAGGGUCGUCGGAUACUGUGACGCUUGGGACAGUCACAAGCCUACCAAUGGCGCUUACCAGUACUAUGCUGCUACGGCUGCCCGCGUCGUAUCGAAGUUACCGGACAGCGUCACGUUCUCGCAAGCUGCUGUCUUGCCCCUCGCGCUCUCGACAUCCGGCGUAGGAUUGUUCGAUAAGGAUCACCUUGCUCUAUCGUACCCUCAGAUUGAUCCCAAGCCAAACGGCAAACUCGUCCUGGUUUGGGGUGGCAGCUCGUCUGUCGGCUCAUGUGCUAUUCAGCUCAGCCAAGCGGCCGGCUACGAAGUCGCUGCAAUCACGAGCUCUCGCAACGCACAAUACUGCAAGGACCUAGGUGCAUCGUAUACGUUUGAGUAUACGACGCCCGUCGAAGAGAUUGUCAAGGAACUCUCGGGAAAACAGUGCGCUGGAUCUUAUUGCGCCAGUCAGACACCGGCCGAUAUCGUCAAGAGUGCUCAGAUCAUCGAGAAGCUCGGCGGUCAACAUGUUGCAACAGUUGCGGCGCCCGGUACGGCUAUGCCAGAUGAGAUGCCCGCUGGCGUCAAAGGUUCGACGUUCUGGGGCAGCUUCAUUACGAGCAAAGAUAGCGGCGAUGCUAUAUACACCUCUUACCUCUACAGAGCUCUCGAAAAUGGCUCUUUCAAGUGCAAGCCUGAUGCUCGCAUCGUGGGCAAAGGUCUGGAGGCUUUCCAGCCUGCUUGUGACGAGAUGCUCAAGGGCGUCUCUGCUAGUAAACUUGUUGUCGAACUCUGA